CGCGGUGUCUGUCGGACGUGUUUGCUCGUACAUUAGUGAGGAUUUACUUUUUUGAUGGUUCGUCCAACAUCUUCCCCCAGAUUCUUUUACUGUUGAUUUUUCAACGUUUAUACAUUUGAGAUACGGGCAUUACUGAAUUAUCGGUUGUCGGAUUAACAAAAGCUGAUUUUUACGAUACACUGGCAACACUAGCAAAAGUCAGACGGUGGUACUCUGCUGCUGACGGAUCGCGAAAAACAGCAGUUUGGUGUAGUGCUGAAGAGGAAGUGAAGUGAACGCAGUUUCAGAAAUCCUAGCGGAAAUAAGUGCAGAAAAAUAUGAUCCAUUCCCCAGCAGAAACCACCUAAGAUGGGACAUUAAUAAAUGUGCCAGUGUCAUUUGAUGUGCCCCACUGAAAAAUUCUCCCUAAUCCCAGAAGAGCAAUCUGUUCGAGUUGAAGGAAGAUAAAUUACGGUGAAAACAAAGAGAAUUGAAAAUACCAGGAAAGAGUGAAUUACGUUCGACAACCGACGAAAAAAGUCGAGGAUUUGCCAAAGUAGUGCUUUGUGGCACAGGAGUUCCUUGUGAAGAUAAAUGUGUUGAGUGAGGCAAAAACUGGUCAUAGGAAAUGGCGUGUUUGAACACACUGAAGCUGGAGAUAAAAACGCUGGAGCAGAUAUUCACUAAGAACCACGAACGGUUCCAGAUCCAAACCGCUUCGGUGGACGAGCUAAGCUGCCGUUUCAUCGGCCGCAACGGAAAGCAGUACGACAUCCAUGCUAAUAUUACGGAAACCUACCCCUCCACACCUCCAGUAUGGUUUGCCGAAAGCGAAGAAACCAGUAUAACGAAUGCUGUACAAAUACUUACAAACACCCGUGGCCACGAUAAUCAUGUUAUAAAUCAGGUCGACAUACUAUUACGUGAACUCUGCCGGUUACACACAGUUCCGCUACCUCCCGAUUUGGACAACCUAAGGAUACCGUUCCAACCUCACGCACCCGGUACACCCUCACCCCAUCAGGCGGCUCUGCAGGGGGCCCGCCAAUUGCACCAGCAGCAACAACAGAUCGACGAGAUCGAUUCGGACUGUGAUGACAUCGAGGAUGUGGUGGGCGAAAGUGAUCAGGAAAGCGAAGGGGAAGAGGACCUUCCGCUGGAAAUGGACGACGGUCGAAAUCCUUCCAAGAAAGAUGAGAUGGAAGUGGAACACUUAGCGACACUCGAGAGACUACGACAAACUCAGCGGCAGGAUUAUUUGAAGGGUUCAGUAUCCGGAUCAGUUCAGGCCACCGAUCGGCUGAUGAAAGAACUGCGGGACAUCUACCGUUCCGAUUCGUUCAAGAGCAACAUGUACUCGAUAGAACUGGUCAACGAUUCGAUCUACGAGUGGAACAUUCGACUGAUGUCCGUCGAUCCGGACAGUCCGCUGCACAACGAUCUCGUGUUGUUGAAGGAGAAGGAAGGCAAAGACAGCAUCCUGCUCAAUAUAAUGUUCAAGGAGACGUAUCCGUUCGAGCCUCCGUUCGUGCGCGUUGUGCAUCCAAUAAUUUCCGGCGGUUAUGUUUUAGUGGGAGGUGCAAUCUGUAUGGAAUUGCUCACAAAACAAGGCUGGAGCUCUGCGUACACCGUGGAAGCUGUUAUCAUGCAGAUUGCAGCCACGCUAGUCAAGGGCAAGGCGAGAAUACAAUUUGGUGCAACAAAGUCUCUUUCCCAGGGCCAGUACAGCUUAGCGCGGGCGCAGCAGAGCUUCAAAUCGUUGGUACAGAUCCACGAGAAAAACGGUUGGUUCACGCCGCCAAAGGAGGACGGAUAAGCCUGGGAGGGCUGGCCAACCCAUGAACAAUUCUUCCGUUUUUAUUACUUACCUACGUUCACCGCCGUCGUCGUCGUCAUCGUCGUCACCGUUGUUGGUCUAUAGCACGAAUUACUUCGUUCCAUUUUGUAGUACCAACAACUAACCACCACCAGCAGCAGCAGCAGUAGUAACUUUUCGUUCAUAGUGUAUAGUAGAGACAGAGAGAUUCAGUUCAACAGUACGGAAAAGAAUGCAGCAUAGGCUGGACGUCCAAGCAGCAAGGCUUUAUUGUAGCUUUAUUUGCGUUUUUCAAGAGUGAUGAUAUGAGAAUAAAUUUCAAAACAUGUAUGCGAGUGCUUGCGCCGAAAUGAGAAUGAGUGGCACAUUUGAAUGAAAGUAGUAGAAUAUAUUGGAAAUUGUGUGUGCGUUAAAAAUAAACAAAUAGAAUGAAGAUAAAUAAUGUGAAUGUUUACACUCUUUAGGAAUAGGAAUAUAAUCUUUUCCAGAAGUUCUCGUGCGAUGACGAUAUAUUAAACAGACAAAAAGAAAAAUUAUACCAGCAAUUGUUUCUAUUUUUGAAUAUCAGGAGCCAACCAAAAAAAAACGAUUAAUGGGAAGCAUUAGAUUACAACUGUAUAGUGAACAGCGGAUUCCUCUUAAAGAGGUAACAUAGAAAACAUUUUUUAUCUAAAUCUUCUGUGGAAGUAUUACAGAAGCGAGC